AAGAAGGCCCUCCUAUUAAACAAAAGUUUUAUCCAACCUCUAGACCCGAACAUGAUUUCAUUAAAACCGAAAUCCAACGAAUGGAAGAGGCCGGUAUCAUACGAACCUCCAGUAGCUCAUGGGCAUUACCUAUUGUUCUAGUCAAGAAGAAGAACGGAAUAUUGAG